AACUGAACACUAUAUUAAACCAAGAAAUGCUGCUUAAGGUAUAAAUUUACACGCUUUGACCAAACAUUUUGCUAUAAGCAUAGGCGAUAAUUGAGUUUUGUGUACUCGGUCCCAUAGGCUGAAAUUUAUGUCGUGUGUCUCGUUUACGAGAUGCAAAGCCCACUCGCACAAGCAUGCGAGGUUAGUUGGCGGAGCGGUAUUCUGAAAGGAGACAUAACUAGAAGACGAUCACUAAAAAUAAGAUUUUGACAUCAAUGUAAAGAUUUCAACUCCUAGAAUAGCAUCUGACUCCAUCCAGCUUAAAUUCAGGGGGAUCAUUACUCCACUGUUCAUGAAGGAUGGAUGAAGAAUCAAAUUGCCAACCCCAAGAAGACGACAGUAAACAGGAGACUGAGAACAAAACAUCGCCAGUACUAUCUAAAAACCAACUGAAGAAACAGCGCAGGCAUGAGAGAUGGGCAGAAACAAAGAAAGAAAGAAGGAAAAAAGAGAGAGAGAAGAACAAAGACAGGAAAAGGAAAAUGUUAGAAGAGGCGAGAAAACAAGGAAUAGACGAGGAAAGUCUGGUUGUGAAGAAGAAAAAGAUGAGCGACCCCGAAGCUAGCAACAUCAAGGUAGCCAUUGACUGUGCCUACGAUUCACUCAUGACAGAAUCAGACAUAAAGAAAUUAAUCAAGCAGAUACAGAGAUGUUACGCAGAGAACAGAAAAGCCAACAAACCACUCCAGCUUUAUGUAUCCAGUCUGAAAGAUAAGACUAAGCAGAUCUUGGAUGAUGUCAUCGAAGGGUACCAAAAAUGGGAUAUUCACUUCAGAGAAGAAGAGCCUGAAGCGGCGUUUGGAUCUGAGAAUGUAGUCUACUUGGCAGCUGAGUCUCCUAAUAUACUCCAAGACCUGGAUCCAAACAAGGCCUAUAUCAUCGGUGGUCUAGUUGAUCACAACCAUUACAAGGGAUACUGUUAUGAGAAGGUGAUAGAGAAUGGAUGGAGUCACGCUCAACUUCCGAUUGGUGACUUUGUGAAACUCAACUCUAGGAAGGUUUUAGCUGUCAACCAUGUUUAUGAAAUCAUCUUAGCCUAUGUUCAACUAGGCAACUGGAAAGAUGCCUUCUUCCAAGUCUUACCGAAUCGCAAGGUGAAAGAGUACUACUCCAAAAACGAUUCUCCUGAAGACUCGGGCAAAUUAUCGAGUCAUACAGAGACCUCUGUUCAGGAUCAGACAUCACGGAAUGUCAGUGACUCGGUUGUUGACCGAACUAGAGAAGAUGAGGGUCAUUCUGCUGUUGCUAGGUUGGGCAAAGGGGAUGGUGAUCUCGCUGAUGCUCAAACCAACAAGGAGAAACUUGAACAAGAUGUUGUUGACUCGGUAAAAGUGUGUGACACUCGCAGUAGAAACGAUAAUGACCGAAAUGCUGCCAAAGCGUUAGAUUCAGACAAACUUCACUCUGGUGUGAAGCUGACGGAUGGGGAGAUUGAAUGCGAAGACAAAGAUGUCAGCUGAUAGUGCAUAUCACAAAGUGAGGAAAACAUUGCUGUCAUAACCUUGUAGGUAUUUCUUUUAUGCGGUUUAAUGGCUUUUAUAUCUUUUGGAUUAAGGAUUAGACAUGUCAUGACUAUUAUGAUAAAGAAUUACUAGUCAUUAAAUUGAAGUGAUUCCUUGAAGAAAUAUGAGUUAUAAGAUCUUAGUUGCAAUAGUGACAUUGUAAGCACUUGUAUCAUGUGAUUGAUUGGGGGGAGAGAAACAAAUAUAUCAGUGCAAUCACUGAGACAAUGUGAUUAAAACAAACUCUAUAAAUUUGAGUUUUCAGGUCAUCAUAGCUUUAUUUUCAGGCCAUAGUUUUGGCCUUUCUAGUGUUUAGAAAUUGUUUUCUAAGGUAAUAGUAUAAUAUUUUUCUCAAGAAGAUGAGCUCAAAUCUUCGGCAAAUAGUUUGUGGAUUCAUAGCUUCAGUAGGCUUGCUCACUCCUGAUGAUAUACCUCUUUUGCUCUCUCUCUCUCUUUGUUUUUUUUGGGGGGGGGGUCCUAGUUGUAUGUGGAAUCAAAUCAUUUCCAUAUAUAGUAGCAAGUUCUUAGAUACAAAGCAAAUACGAAAGACAAGUACAGAAUAUUUAUCUGAAAAAAAAAUGCUUAUGUUCAACUAUUUUUAACUUUUUAUAGUUUCCUUGUAUAACAAAAUGCAGAAGAUACUGACAAACUGCUCAUUUUCCCAUUUCUCUUUGUUAAUUAUUGCAUUCCAUGAUUCUAGUUGCAGCCUCUCAGUAUAUCCAGUCCAUGAAAAAUAGAUCAGGUUGCAUAGAGGGGCAUUUAUUUCCGGCCCCUUCAUCACCUGCUCCCAUGUACAGUUCGUCCUUGACAUUUUAGUUAAUUGAUUACCGCAUUCUUUGCACCUGUUAACAUUCUCAAGGGUGUACAUUUCAAAAGAUGAAAUUCACUAUUUAGUACCUUUCAGUUAUUGAGUGUAAACUACAGGAGGUGAUAGUUAUUUGGCUGCAGUUUGCCAUCUUUUCUGCUUUUAAUUUUCACUAUUACCCUUAAGACACAAUUGCACAUAUUCUGAACUUGAGUUUAUCUUAAAUGAAGGUCUAAUUCUUUCCUAAAAUUAUGGAAAGCCAAAAAUGUCAAAAAAUGUUACUUUGUAUGUGUCUUACAUUUAUGUGCUCUUCUUAACUUAUGAAUGGUCAAGAAAAAGUUGAGAAUGAUUUGAGACAAAAAAUGAGCUGAUAUAUUGAAAUUAUACCGUUAGAGAUUUAUGCCACUAUUGGCUAUCCAUAGUUGAACCACAACUUUAAACCAGAGUUUAUAUUAAACCCAGAGUUCAGAAUACGGUCCUAUGGCACAUACUCUGAACUCCAGUUUGACUUAAACCUUGGUCUAGGUCUGGGCUAAAAUUAUGGGGAGCUGAGAUAAGCAUCAGACAUUAUUGCUCCUUAUACUUCUUUAAGUUCUUUUGAGUUAACUGGGUCAACUGGGAUCUUUGCCAUGUUUUAAUGUAGAGUAUUGUAUUCAUCAUUUCAAGAUGGCUUGUAAUUCUUUGAUUGCCUUAAGUGAUGAUAAAUUGAUCAUGUAGUUAUCUGUCUGCAUCACUAUUUUCUCCCCAUAGUUAAACCAAAACUUUAGGUUGUGGUUUGAAUUAAACCAGGGUUCAGAGUAUGGGACUAAGGGAAUAGGAUUAAUUUAAAGAAUCUACCCAGAAGCCAGUGUUCUUCUCAUGCAAAUAGGGCUGUACAGAUACACCCAUUUAUGAAGAAUGGCUCCGAUGCUAUAGCCAAGACAGAGAAAUCAACUCCACGGGCCUGUAACGCAUAGCUUUAUAGCAAUCAUCGUAGAACAUUGUUUUUAUGAUUGAUUACAUUGACUACAAUGUACAAUUAAUCGUAAAAAUCAAGCGUACGAUUAAUCGCUUAACAUUGUGUUAUGGGACCUAGGUUGACCCAAAGGUGCUGCAUCAUAACUAAUGAUAAACCAUCACUGGGUUUGGAGUCGGUUUUCGUUGGUGUGACGAUAUCAUUAGACUUAAAUUUUUCCAUACUGGCGGUACACUGUGCAAGGCUAUUGCAUGAAAGCUGAACUGGAAAAAUGUUUCCAAAGGUCAUGUUUAACGCUAGGUAAUCGUUGCUAUUCCUCAUGAUGUGUAUUCUUUGUCUUAAUUGUCCAAAUGGCUUUAUCCCAAUAGUAAAACUUUUAAUAAAAGUCAAGAAACACAGCAAGUUUUGCAUUUAUAUUUUUAUUUCAAAUAUUUUGAAAAUAGGUGCUCAGCACAGAGAACAUGGAAGCAAAAGAAAAAAAACGAUAAUAAUAGCAUUGCAAGAAAUAUGUACAUUCAGUUAAUAUAUCGAGUACAAAAGACGAGUAUAACAAUGGACGGAAAUAUGCUAUAUACCAGGACAUUUCAGACAUGCAAACAUAAAUAGAAUUAGUAUGAUUAAUAACCUUAGAAAGUUGCAUAGCACAAAUUAGUUUUGCAUACUUAAUUGACCCUACCACAAAUAUGGCUUCAGACAGUCAAUAGCAAUCUCCCAUAAUGCCCCAGUCAUACCAGCAAAAUUUGACUACAGUCCGACCCAAUCUAUUAUGUUUAUAUCCAAUGGAGAUGGUUUCAUUGUGACUGUAGCACAGAGGACUGCAUGCAUGGUUGUUUUUUUUUUCUAAAAACUUUCUUCUUGUCCAUGAUUAGUAGAGCAGGCGCGGAUCCAGUUGGAUUAAGGCGACCGCACACCUUA